GCAUAUUGUUUUUUGCAGCACUAUUGCCCGCCGAGUUUAGCAACACUGUAAAAAGCAGCUACACGUGCGGUUUGUGAUUUGUAUGAAAAUACUUAGCAGAAAAUAAGUUGUUAUUGCUUAAAAUAUAUAGUUUUAGAGUGUAUAAGCAGUUAAAACUGCCCCACAAGGCUGCUAAGUUGUUACAGCCAUGAAUUUCGACGACGAAGACGGACUCGAGCUGCAGCAUUUGGCGGGCGGCAACAUUGUGGAACAUGCGCCUGUUUUCUCUGCGCAGGGAAGAUUUGUCUUUGUACGUUGCGGUCUUAAAGUACAGGUGUUUGUCACCACCACGGGCGAAUUGACACGUGAACUAACAGACGCAACGGAUCCUUUGAUUAGCCUAGAGCUCGACGUGAAACAACCGGAAUUGCUGCUCGGCUGCACCAUCACAGGGCAAAUACUACGCUGGCAUUGGCGAACAGGAGUGCUACAGAAAAACAUCAACUUAAAGCUGGAAUUGGAGGGUCUGCAAAUACUUACAUGUAAUCUGCUGAAUCUGUACCAGGAAGGUGACACCGCCUGCGCCUUUGUGACGGCCAAGCGAAAAAGCGGCGAACAGAUCAUGUGGUAUGUGGUUAACACCAGCACAGGCGCCGUCGUUGACAUCAAAUGUGGCCUCAAAUUAAAAAUUCGAACACCAUUUGUGGAUGUGGGCAAAGGGGCCUUUAAGUACAUAAUACUAGCACAGGGUUACUAUGCUUACUUUAUCAACUAUACAACCUGGAAUUUUUGGCGGUUUAGGAACAUAAAUACAGCGUUAAUAACGUGUGUGCGUAUUAGUCCCUGUGAGGAGGUGGCAGCCACUGGCGAUGAAUUGGGCCGAAUCAUCAUCUGGCGACAGUUCGACGAUCAGGAACGUGUGCUAUGUAUGAAACAUCAUUGGCAUAAUACGGGUGUGACGAGCAUUGCGUUUACACCCACUGGCGUCAGUUUUUACAGCGCUGGCCAUGAAUCGGUUCUCGUGAAAUGGUCAAUGAUCAAUCAGGAUGAAAAGAGUUUCCUGCCGCGUAUGCCCAGCAUUAUAAGACACAUUGUGAUCAGUGACGGGAAUGAACAUGUGCUUGCCUGCACCGAUGACAAUGCGCUACAAUUUGUUAGCCCCAACGAAAGCAAGCUGGAAUCGACGCUACAACAUUUCACAUAUGCGCUGCCAGACAAGACGGGCAAGACUAUGUUUCCCAUUGGCCUCUGUCUCAAUCCACGCACAAAUACGCUGGUGCUCAAUGGACGCAUUGGACAAUUGCAAUUCUUCUCGGCUUAUACGAAGAGUUUGCUUUAUAAUCUGCGUAUUGUGGAGAGUAAUGUGCACUCACAGGAAGCGAAUCGCAUCAUCUACAAUACGUGCGUCACGCGGGCGGCCUUCAACAUCGAUUGGAUGGUCACGGGCGAGGUGUUCAACGAUCAGCGUAACUUUGCAGAGUUGCGACUCAAAUUUUGGCAAUAUCAGGAGCGAUUACAAUGUUACAAACUCAACACAAAUAUUGAGCUGCCGCAUGAAUAUGGUUUCCAAGCCAUCGUCUUUUCCAAUCAGUUCCAGGUGAACAAUUUGCGCUGUGCUAGCGCCGGCAAGGACAAUGUGAUCAAACUGUGGACUUUGGGCGAUUCGGAAAACAUUUACAAGCGUGGCAGCAUGUGGAGCUGUGAAGCUCAAGCGAGCUAUAAGCGUCAGACAAUUGGCUCCAUAUGCUUUUCUCAGGAUGGUUCACUGUUGGCUGCUGGCUAUGGCAGCACGUUGGUGCUGUACGAUGGGCGCACGUUACGAUUGUUGCACGCACUGAGCUCAUCUGCUGGAUAUGAUGGUGUUGUGGCCAAGGCACAGUUGCGUCUGGCUCCGAUGCCAUUGAAUGGAACGCGGACCGAGUUAACGCAGCAGCGUCAGAAGUUGUGGAGUCUACUGCAAACAUUGCUCGACAGCGACGAUCAGAAGCUGGUGCAGCAGGCGCGGCAGCUGAUGUCAAAUGCGCCGACCAGUCAAUCCAAGUCUAAAAUCGAACAGAUACCCAAGGAGUCUGUGUAUAAGCAUAUCAUGCAAAUGUCCGAGCUGGGAUUACAUCAAAAGUUGCAGCUGUUGCGCCGUUUUGGCAUCGAAUGCACUGUCCACGAGGCAUGUUAUAGACGCCUCAAGGAUCAUCUACAACAAUGUUUGGUGGACCCCAUUACUGUGCAGCGGCGCCUAAGAGCGUUAGAGGCGCGUUUGCACCGCCUGCAGCCUCGGCAACGCUUCAAGGCGAAACUGCGGUUAACACGGCUCAGCGGCAGGCGGAAAAACUACGAAGAGCUGGUCAAGCGGGAGCUGUUACCGCUCUUUAGUGUGCUGAAACUGGAUGAGACUACCAAAGCAGCACCAACUUCUUCGAAAAAGCGGAAACGCUGGGAAUCGCAGCCUGACAAGGCACUAAAAGCAAAGGCAGCGCCACUUCAAACGAUUGCCCAAAUAUCGCAUGUGCAAUUCGGAGCUGGCGCGCAGGCGCAUCUGGUGGCCGUCUGUACUGAAUCGCGCGUGCUCAUCUGGAACUUAAUGACACUCCGUCUGCAAGCAGGCCUCAAGCUAUCCGUGAGGCAAUUGGCCUUCGAUCCACUCACCAAUCUUAUAGCUGCCGUCACACGCAACGAUGAACUGCACGUCUUCCAGCCAAAUGUGCCGUUGCCCAUUUAUCAGCGCAGCAAUUUGCCCAAACUGUAUGGCUUAGUCUGGCUGCCGCGUCGUCAGCCCAAGCAGAGCUCCAUCAAUGUGGACUUUCAAGCGCAGUCCACGCUACAUAUGCUCACGCAAAACAAAGAGAUUGUCUAUCUGGCCACACCGGGUCAAAGCACAAUGGACGAUGCGCCGGCGCCCAUUUCGUUUGCUCAGCCCCCAGAUGCGCAGCAGCUGCUGCAAUAUGCAACCUUUGGCGGCUUCGUUGCCAGUCAAAAGUCCAGCGACGUCAUAGAAAAUGAACAGAGCAGCGGACCGCUGAUUGUGGGACGUGGUGCGCACAGCUCAGUGAAUGCGCUGGUCAAUUUGUCCGCCCAUACGAUGCCUGCGAUGAGCCUGAUCUGCGGCGAAUUCAUCAAAUCGUUGCUAACGCCUGCCGACAGCGCAGCUAGACAUAAAGCGGCGACAGAAGAGACUCUGAAUAAUGGCAAAUUAAAUGGCAAUGGGCUCGCGCAUCCAGGCAGCGAUGAAGAUGAAGACGAAGAAGAAGAAGAGCAGCAGCUGGCAGAACAGCAGCAGCAGGCAGAGGAGGUGCGGAAAACGUUGCUGGCGCAGAAAACGGCGCUGGAGGAAAACGACAGUCAGGAGGAUACGCAAUUAAAACUGGAUGAGCGAUUGCAACGCGUUGCGAAGCUCGAUGUACCGCUUGAGUUUUAGUUAUAGAAUUAUUACUUACUGUGCAGAGAAAGGCCAAUCGACCAUUUACUUUUUCCGUUCAGCUAUGCUAGGUACACUGACUCAUGUAGUUGUUGUAACAAAUGUUCUUGAUUUUUUUUGUAUGCAAAUGAGACACCUAUUAUGCUUAACUGUUUUAUAAAAUAU